AUGAACGCCUCAGCGCUGGUGCUGGUGGCUGAGUGGCUGGUGCGCUCAGCACAAUCAGCGACACAAUCACCGACACAAUCACCGACACAAUCAGCGACACAAUCAGCGGCGAGAACAGUCAGCUGUGACAUGUGCGGUGAUGAUGACGCUAUCAAGAGCAGGACAGAGUGCAGCAGGUACCUCGACUACGCCUUUGAGCCACCGGCUGAGGAUGUGCUGCGCGACGUUCUGCGCACCUUCACCAACCUCAUGCUGACCUGUCGCGAGCUGUACCACGACUUGCCGUGGGCCAUGCCAAAGUGGUGCUUCGCCGAGGCGUUUGAGUUGGGUCCUGAAACGUGGGAUCAGCGCGUUCAAACUAUCGUGCACUGGCUCGACACCUUCCAAGUGCAGCAGCAGCAGGGAGAGGUGGAUAUGGAAAUGACGAAGGAGAUGGAAGAGGCGGAGAUGGUGGAAGAGGCGGAAAUCAUGGAGGAGGGCGUCUGUUCGGCUUCUGCCACGUGGCUGGAAACCCGCUUUCUCGUGUAUGCGUGGCUGGGGGCAACGUGGAGCUCCGAAGGCACGUUCCUGCGUUCGAAGCUGCUAACGGCGUCCUCCUCGGCACCAGGAGGCAAGAACAGCCGCGCCUUCUGGCGCACGUUUACACACUGCGGACGCGUGUGGUUUGCUUCUCUGCAGGACUUGCAGUCCUGGGCUGCUGCCGCUGCCGCCGCGUCUGUGAGUUCACGGCGCACGAUGCGACAAACACACGCAGCACGAGCUGAAGGACCUGCCAGAACUACACAGGCACUUCCAGCGACGAGUAGAAAAGAGCACGAGAAGGAACAGGAGCAGGAUGAAGAAGGACAAACAGAACGCAAAGGGGAGCAGCAAGAACAAGCAGAGCACGACCAUGACCACGACCCGCAACACCACCACCACGACGACGACCCCCACCACGACGACGACGACCACCACGACCACCACGACCACCACCACCAGCAGCAGCGAGCACCUGCACUGUUCUCGCUCGUGGCAGUGUUGAACAGUCAGGCCGACGCCGAUCAGUGGCACGAGCUGCGCGCAACGUUGCUGGGCAAUGCAAGGGGGCACGACGUAUGCCUGUGUGCACAGGAACCAUUGGAUUCCCUGAUGGUGAGCCACGUUGACAGUCUCGAGCUUCAGUCCGCUGACAUCAACCACGCCACGUUCCAUGACGUGCGGUGCAUCGAGUGGUGGUACCAGGGGCAGCAGCAAGCGCUCCAGGCCACCUUCCACACUGUUUCACGCUGUGCCAUCGACAACGGCGUAGCCCUUGUCAAUGUCAGUCCUCUUGCGGCUGUCCCCGAUGUGAGCAUCUCGUGCACCCACAACCACCCUGUCGACUUGUCGCCACUCCGCGGCGUGCAGAACUUACGCGUCAACAAAACGCUUGUGGUUGCAGAGGAAGCACUUUCCACAGCGCAGCGCGUUGACCUGCACCGAGUCGCGCUCACCGCGGACACGCUCCAUGCCGCACAUGUCAAGCUGUCCCGCAUGACUACGUUGCCUGACAUGUUGCACCUUCCACGGGCCACCCAUGUUGAGCUAGAAGACAUGGGACCUGUGCCGAAGCUGCUAACUUGCCCGCCUCACCUUGACCAGCUUGUCGUUGAUGGCACGUCGUCACUUGUCCUUCCGACCAUUCCCGACUUUGAGCACGCACAUAUCUUGGUGCUCAAGCUCCGUUCAAGGACAGCGUUCACACGUGAGCGGCUGGCGGACCUCAGCCGCCGUGCCUGCAAACUAGUGCUCAGCGGCUGUGUGACAAACGUCACCGACUUGCACGAUAUUCCUGACGACGUACAGGUGUCGGUGGAGCACGUCGAGAGGGUGGACGGAGCCGUCCCACCCUGUGUCACAACGUUGCAUGUUCGCUUCAACGGUGAACUGCACUGCAAACACCUGGGCACGGUGCCAUGCCUGGCCCUUCACGCGAGCGGCCACGACCUGAUUCACGACUUCCAACUCUUGUCUGGUCGGAGGUGUCUUCACCUGAACGAAUGCACGCUCGCUGGCGAGGUUGCACGCUGCCAGUACCUGGUGCUGAACAGGUGCUGCGGGUGCGGUGCGUUUGCACACGUUGAUUGGCUCGUGAUCCACCGCGCAACCGUCGUCGCAUCCCCACCCGAGGUCGGCAACUGCUCCCACCUGCCACUUGAUGACAGCGACUUGAGCAUCGCGCAUUGUCGUGCGGUGUUCCAGUGCCACCUCCGAUGGUGCCGCAUCAAAGACUUUGCUUGCUUCGAAGGCGUGCAGCGUCUCGUCUUGAAGAACUGCUACUUUGACAAGCUGGAAAGCCUUCCGCACAUCGGGUGCGUCGUCCUGCGCCGUUGCUCCACCACAGACAGGCGUUGGCGCUGGCCAGACCGUGUUCUCGUCAAUCGAUCCCCACAGGAGAUGAGGUCGGCGCUGCUAGCUGGCAAGGUGAAGAGCGGGUAAAGACGGGGAGUGUUGGGGAGGGGGUUGAGUGUUGUAUUGUGUGUGUGUGUGUG